GUCAGAGCUGCUACCUAGUUCCGGUUGUAGUGGCGGUGGCUGAAAGCUUCUUCUUUCAGUGGAAAAAACAUCUGUCAAAGGAGAAACCGAGACGACGACCGCUUCUCUCUUUCACACACAUCCAACCACCACCACCACUACAACAACAAGAACAGCACCGAAUACUGCGGGGAUAUAUUAUGUAUACAUUACUUUGAGGGAAAAAAGCUGGCAGAUAUCCAGGAUGUAAUUUUAACAAUCAAGUAAAUGUGGAAUACUUUUGAACAAAAGGAAUAGAAAAACUCUUUAAAAAUGCCCAGGCCGCACAAACAUUCACCAUGAUGUAGGAAAGACAAAUAUACCGCAGAACAUUGGCAGUUCCUAAACUGGAUAAAUAAAUAAUUGUUUCUGUAGGCCUUUGUGCCUCUUCCUUGUUUACAGUUGUGCUUGGACAAAUACAGGCUGACAACAACAAAGAGAGAGAGAGAGAGAGAGGGAGAGACAAAUACACACUUACAGAAAGAGAGAGAGAGUAUUUAUUUGAAAUUUUAUAAAGUGAGGAGUGACUCUUCCUCCACUUUCAGGAUGUGUACCAACUGUAAACUUUUAGCUGAUCCAUUGCUACAUCAGUUGUUUCUUGACUCUAGCACGUGCAAGAGCUCUUUUGCAGUCCAGAGCAUUUUAUCUUCCUAUCCUAUUAAUCUUUCAUUCACCUCACCAACAGACCACUCCAUCUCUUUGCUGACACUCUCUCCUUCUAGUUCUUCUACAUCCUCUCUUAUACUACCUAUAGCAGCAGCAGCAACAACAAACUCAUUUUGAUUAGUUACUCAGCAAUCUGCCACUUGGGAUGAUCAGACGUACUAGUCUCCCCAUAACAAUCAGGAAAAAAUCAGAAAAUACAAAAAUUACACCUCUAAAAAAUAUAAAGAAAAGUUCAAAAAGUCCAAACUUGCCUAAAAAACACACUCCAGAAAAUGUUGGUUCCGGGGCCAAACCAAAAAGUGUGACAUCACUUCAACCUGAUGCAGAUGUUCACCAAUAUCUUUCCCAUAGUGCCGAAGAGCUUGAUAACCUGGACGGAACUGGGUCUCUUGGCAAGCACCCAGUGGCCCCACCACUGGUGCAAGCAAUUCAACAAGAAAAUGGCACCCCUAGUACCACUAACACAGCAGCAGCAACCACUUGUACGCCUUCCAUCACAACCACAGCCACAACAUCAGCAACACUCAGCUCUGGAAUCAGUGGUGGCAGUGGAUCUGGAGAGGCAUCAGUGGAUGAUUUUGAUGGAUCUCACACGCCUGACCCUAAUCGUACCAAAGCUGCUAAAGAUCACCUACAAGCUAAAAUCCAUAAGAUAAUGGUGCAGAUAAAAAGCGAACAGGACUCAAAGGAAGCUAAUGUGAAUGAAUAUUUACGGUUAGCCUCUGGUGCAGACAAACAACAAAUCUUACGGAUAAAAACUGUUUUUGAAAAGAAAAAUCAGAAAUCCACUCAUUCUAUUGCUCAGCUUCAGAAAAAACUAGAAAACUAUCAGAGAAAGUUGAAUGAUGUUGAAACGUAUGGGGUUUCGAGUCACAAACAAGCUAAAGAAGUCUUGCGGGAUAUGGGACAAGGUUUAAAAGAUGUUGGAGCAAAUAUUAUGGAUGGGCUGAGUGGAUUUUCUGGCAAACCAACAAGAACUCCUGGAUUUUCAUCACGUUCCUCAGUGUCAAAUAUUGACAGACGUGGUGUCGUAGACAAUAUUAAAGGGGCCAAAGAGUCAUUAGUAUCCAAGCCCCGUGAAUUUGCUCAUCUAAUAAAGAAUCGCUUUGGAAGUGCUGAUAAUAUCAGUCAACUUGAAAUGCUGGUCCCUGUUCAGCAGAGAUUACCAAGGAAAAUAUCUGGACCAAAAGCACAUAAUUAUGAUUCUAUGGAAGAAAAUCCUACAGAAGACAACUCCCAUCAUGGUAGUGGGACUUUACCAGCCAGCUUCAAAUAUGGUUCUGAAGAUGAUAACUCUAGCAUAACAUCUGGUUCAGGAUUUGGUGCCCAGAGUAGUCCACAUUCAGCUUCACAGAACAUGGCACAGCAACAACAGACCUCUUUGCCAUCGGCAUCAAUGCAGAUCCCUACUGUAAUCAAUCAGCCUUCCCCAUUUAACAUUGAGACUUACCAACUGUUUGAGCAACAUGAUGCUAAUCGCAGAACUAUUGAGAAACUCCAAGAGAAAGUACAGCGAAUUAUAGACGAAUUUGACCCUUACAAGAACAAUUUACAUCAAGAUCUAAGUGAUCUACGCAGUCUGCUAGAAGAAGAACGGUAUCGAAGUGAACGGCUAGAAGAACAGUUAAAUGAUCUCACAGAACUGCACCAAAAUGAGAUGACAAAUAUAAAACAGGAAAUCAGUAGCAUGGAAGAAAAGUUAGAAUAUCAGCUGGAAGAACGUACCCGUGACUUACAUGACUUGCUAGACAACUGCCAAACUAGAGUGGACCCUCGUAGCCAUUUGAUGUAUAUAGAAAAGUCCUACUGUGGGAUUUCCAAAAUGGAGGUUCAACAACAACAACAGCAACAGCUGAUCUCCAUGGAGAUGGUGGAAAAUGUAACAUUCCGCACAUUGCUUACGAAACUAAUCAAUGUUGUCCUCGCAAUCUUGGCUGUGAUUUUGGUGUUUGUGUCAACAGCAGCUAAUCUAGUGGCUCCAUUCCUUACAACAAGAGCCCGAAUAUUAAGUACCACAUUGUUAAUAUUUGUUAUCGUGAUGUCUUGGAAGAAUUGUGACUACUUCCUGCAGAUUUUCGAUUACAUUAUGUCAGAAUAUCGACGCCUGUUAUCCAAGCGAUAGCAUCCAUAGUAAAUUAGUUGCAAUUUCCUAAAAAACAAAAGACUUACAUUGUCUCCAGGAGCGCUGCCUGUGUUGAGGGCACCGACAAAUCUGCUGGCAACACACAGCAACUCAAACUUGUUGACAACGAACCGCGUGGAGCACGUGGCUGUGAUGAAGAAAAACUGGGCUGGACAGUUUCCACUUGCAAAGUAGUUGAUUCUUUGUGUGUCAGCAUUGUGACUUAGUUGCUACAACAGGUAUUCCGCUUGCAUACACAUAGAAGAUAACAUUGGUGUACCAAGAAUUGACAUACAUGUACACAUUUGAAACCACGCUCUAACACACAAACAAAUCAUAUAUAUAUAUAUAUAUAUAUAUAUAUGCAUACACAUACAUAUAUACACAUGCUCACAUACAAAUACAUGUAUGUAUACAACUAAUUUAUUGGCUCAUACCUUUGUACUCUUACACAUCUGCAACCAAUAUACAAAACAAACAUUUCCUUUUGAAAAAAAUGGAAGAAGAAGAAAAAUUGAAAGUUAUAAACAAAGAAACUUCUCUUGAAAUUUUAAUUCACAUGUUAUUUAAAAGAAGACAGACUGCUAUUUGCAAAGAGUACAUUGUGUGUACUCUUCAUUUAUGUCUCCAUGGUGAUUGCUACAGAUUUGGUGCUUGGCAUCCAAUACCUUCAGGUGGAUAUUUCAUCUGAACACUGAUGUUUUUUUAGUCUUAUUUGCUGACUGCUACACGAGAGACUUUUCCAGUUCUUUAGUUUACAUAGAUGCACACACACACACACACACACACACACACACACACACACACACACACACACACACACACACAGCUAUACAAUGAAACAAUGAAAUAAUCACCAGAUACUUUUUUUUUACAAAAAUAUGUAUAAUUAUUUAAUCCAGUCCUAAACGAAAAAAACACGCAUCAGAAAUACAUAAAGGUAAAUCAAAUAGAAAGACACACACACAAAACAUGGUGAAAUGCUUGCACACACAUACGUUUAAGUAUAUUUAUUCAUACAUAUACAUACACAGGUACAGUUAAAUGACAUCCAUACAUAUACCCACGCAUUCUGAUUGCAUACAGAUGGAAGAAAAUGUACCGACACAUAAGCAUAUCUAAGCAGGUUAACACACACACACACACACACACACACCUACCUACCUAUGCCUAGACAAUACACUGCAAGGUGUGAUUUGUCAAGGUGAAAACAAACUGACAAGAAAAGCCUUGUUGUAGCUUUCAGCAAUUUUCUCUGAUGGAGAUUAACAAGUGAUAAAGCCCCAAACCCCCCAUCCCCCACCCACGACCCCACCCCCCAUCUUUCCACCCUACCCUCCAUCCUCCUCCUCCAUGAUCCCUCCUUCCACCCUCCCCCUCUCCCCAUCGCCCCCCUCCCACAAACAAAAGAAAGGACACAGCAAGCCUCUGCCUGCUACUCACAUCACUCUGACUUUGCUUCCUGUUGUUUCUUGAUUUGUUUUUUUUUGUUUUGUUGUUGUUGUUGUUUCCUCCCCACCCCCACCACUACAAUCACCUUCCCCUUCCCCCCACUUCAACCACCCUGUUUCAUUUUCCACCCCACCCCCCGAAGCUCUUUUUUCCUUCCUUCCUUAGUAUUUGGUUAAUUCAGUCCAUAUUUUUUUUGGAUAUUGUUAACUUCUUGAUGCUUGAAAAAGACAAAAAAAAUAUAUAUAUAUUUGUUCUCUUCAUGUUUCUUUUUUUUUGUUUUUCCUCUGUUUUGUUUCACCUUUUUUUUUGUGUCUCUGGAAUCAUUUUCCAUAAAAAUGGAAAAAAAAAGGACAAAAAUCCUUCCCUUUUCCCCUCCACUUCAAGGCAACCAGGAGAGCUUCAAAUGGUAGGUAGUUACCUCCCCUUUUGAAACUGGUGUUUUGUUAUUUAUUUUCCCUCCUCUCUGCCAUCCCCACUGUUUUCAGUUAUACUUGAUUGUUUUUGGUCAGCCUGAUCUGGAAAAGUCAGGAAUGUUCUCCGUUUCAGCUGACUCCCCCAAGCCCAACAAUAUGAAAAAGAAAAAAAAAAGAAAAAGAAAAUCAUUUAAUAAACAAAAAAAUUAAUACUGAA